AACGUAUCGGAUGCUGUUUUUUCCCGCAGUUAAAGCUGCAGCUAUCCAAGAAGACAUCAUAUAUUUUAUAUAUCACAUUGGUUUCACCAUCGGCAAUUACACACCACUUUUUAAAAGUCCAUUCCGGUACGCAGCCAGCCAGCCUCCUUACUUCCCUCUCUCGAUCAAUUUAUUUGCAGCCAUUACCAAACUCAGUCUCCAACUCUUAUUGCCACCAUGGAAGCCACCGAGCUCUGAUCUCUUUCCAUUAUGCUUCUGCUGAGGCAAAGUGAAUUUGGAGAAUCUGUGAUGCCAAUUAUGUUGAGGAACAGAUCAAAAAGAGCAGUGGCAGCGAAACAGGCAUCUGUAAUGGCAGAUCAACCACAGUCGCCCCAACCUCAGAUCGGCCACUUCACGAAACCCGCACUUUCUCUCUCGUAUCUCUUCAGCUCUCCAAAGUUCAAGCUUUUCACCUCAAAGAUCUCACCUUUCGACACCGACUUCGCCCUCACUAGCCCUACUUCGAUCCUCGACGCUAACCCUUCUAUCUUUUCCACCAAAACCGACAAACCCAAUUCGUAUUUCGAACCCACGAUCCCGAAACCCCAAAGAUUUAAACCUCCAGAAGCCUUUGGCCUCGCUGAUCUCGUGAAAACAGCGAAUCCCCAAAGAGGAAACGUCGGUAACUCCGCUAAACCCGUCAACAAGAUGGUCCUGUUUGGAUCCAAGUUGAGAGUCCAGAUCCCGUCAGCCGAUUUUGGAACAAAGAUCGGGGCUCCGAGAUAUCCGGCACGGGGACAGAGCGAUUCUAGUGUCCAAGCGAGGGUGUUGACUGGGUGUAGCAUCCCGGUGAGCGAGAUGGAGCUGUCCGAGGACUAUACGUGUGUGAUAUCGCACGGCCCAAACCCGACCACGAGACAUAUAUUCGACAACUGUGUGUUUGUGGAGUCGAAUUGCUCUGUUUCUUCUUCGCCGCCACUGGGACUGUAUCCCAGCAACAGUUUCUUGAGCUUUUGCUACACCUGUAAGAAGAUUCUCGACCAAAAACACAACAUUUAUAUAUACAGGGGAGAGAAGGCGUUUUGCAGCUGCGAAUGCAGGUUCCAGGAGAUGCUCAUAGAUCGGAUGGAGAGCUAGAUCCUUCAUGAGAAUCUUUUUUUUUUCCUUUUCUUUAUGUGUUUUUGGUCGUUCCGUCCUCGCCUCUCGACUGCUGAUGUAAAAAAGAUAAAAGAGAGAGAGAGAUGAUUGAAGUUGAAAAUGGCUGUGGAGCUGAUAAUAAGCAUGUGUAGGUUAAUAUAUGGCACGGGACAUUGAUUUUGAUA